AUGCCAGAUCCACUAGAUAACUUUUACAGGCAGUUUCAGCUGUUUGUACAGAAUAAUCCUAAUGUGAUAUCUGCGGCUAGAGCAGCUUCCCAGAUUCCUGAGAGUGCCAAGGCUGUUGUAGUAUUGUCUCCAUAUUCUUUAGAGCAUUCUUUUGGUCGGAAUUGGGUAUCUAAAUCGUACCUCAAGAGUAUAGUGGAAAGACCAGAGAGGUUAUUAGCGAGUUCGUUGGGUAUAGCAGCUGCAAUUACCAUGUAUCCGGCACUUUAUACUUUAAAAUCGAGUGAUAGAAAGAAAUCUUCUAUAUUGUCACCGCAUGUGCUAAAGGUUCAUGGUAAAGAUUGGCCUCCGCAACUGCUAAGACUUUGUAAAGAGGCAGAUGCAAAAUUGGCAGCAAAAGAGGUGGAAGUUCCCGCAUCUUGGAAUGCAGGUGAUAUCUAUCUAAGUUCAAAAACAGUUGAAGCGUUACAAGGGUCGAUUGGAGCCCUAGAGACUGCUGUUGACUCCAUUUUUGACGGUCCAUCCCCAGAGCACAUCAGUAAUAGAGCGUUUGUUGCCAUCAGACCGCCAGGACAUCAUUGCCAUGUAGCAACACCGUCAGGGUUUUGUCUUUUGAACAAUGCACAUGUUGCUAUUGAGUAUGCAAAAGAUCGUUUUGGAGUUACCCAUGCUGCGAUAUUAGAUUUCGAUUUACACCAUGGUGAUGGUACUCAAGACAUAUGUUGGAAAAGAGCUGGGUUUAGACCGGAUGAAGAGGAUGAAGAUUCACCAGGUUACGAUUCAUUUGGGAAAAAAUUUGCAGAGUAUCCUCGAGUUGGUUAUUUUUCAAUGCAUGAUAUCAAUUCCUUCCCCACAGAGAGUGGAUACGCAACUAAGGAAAAUGUUAAAAAUGCUUCGACGUGUAUCAUGAAUGCUCAUGAUGUUAACAUUUGGAACAUCCAUCUUUCCCCGUGGGAAACAGAAGAAGACUUUGCUAAAUUGUAUCACACCAAAUACAGGUCUCUAUUUGUUAAAGCAGAUGAAUUCUUUAAACAAGGUAAAAUUGAAAUGGCGGCUCAAAACAAACCAUUCAAAGGCCUGGUUGUUAUCAGUUCCGGGUUUGACGCCAGCGAAUUUGAACAAACGAGCAUGCAAAGACAUGGUACAAAUGUACCCACGUAUUUCUACACAGCCUUCACUAAGGAUGCCCUCAAGCUAUCACAAAUGCAUUGUCAUGGUAAAGUCUUAUCCAUAAUGGAAGGUGGAUAUUCAGACAAGGCAAUCGUAUCAGGGGUUUUUGCCCAUUUAAUAGGUCUACAAAAUCAGAAUUGGAUUAAAGAAUGGGGCUCAGAACAUGUCGUUAAAGAAAUAGUUAGAGGUUGUAAAUCUAAUUGGAAACCUUACAAGACCAAGAAGGCAAGAGAUGUCAUCAGAAUAUGGGCGGAAGAAGUGAUUAAAUUGGGGAGAGCUAUGAUACCUGGCUUUGAAACUCUUUUCCAAGAUAUACCUUCGAACAAUAAGGUUGCCGCUGCAAACGUUGCUCCAAGAGUUACUAGAUCAAAGGCUCAAACAACGAAGAGCACGCAUCGUGAACCUACAGGUACGACUUUGGACCCAUCAAAGGAAACUCCUGCUGCUCCUCGUCAUAGACGUAUCGAAGGUACGGGCGUUACACAAGAACCAGUACCAUUUACACAAGAGGAACUACACAGUGAAGACGACAAUGAUGACGAGGAUUAUGUAUACGACGAAGAAUUGAACAAGACUUUCAACAGGACCGUGGAAGAUAUUACCAUCGAUGACAUCUCGAGGCACUUGGAGACUCUUGAAAUUAUCGAACAACCACCUCCAGCACCUACAGCACAAUCCAAGUACAAGGUACCUUCCAAAACCACUACUCAGCAUUUACGUUCGUCUACAAGACCCCAACAACUAGCAAAUUCAAAUGCCAGUGCGGACGACAGCGACAUAUCAAUGGUUUCUCACGUUUCUACGAGGAAACAUACGACCCGUAGUGGUGCCAGGUGGUGA